GAGCUGACGACACAACUGGAGCGUCGCGACCUGAGAACUUUCUGAAGCACUUUUGAAUUGCUUGAAUUUAAACAACACCAUGGUGAGCAGCAGGAACUUUGCUACAGCAGCCUUUGUUCUUCUGGCAUUCCUCGUCGUCAGUGAAGGAAUGACUCUACGGAGUUUGGGAGUGGAACUGCACUGUCGCUGCAUCCAGACGGAGAGCACACCAAUCGGGCGCCACAUCGAGAAGGUUGAGCUGAUCCCUGCCAACUCUCACUGUGAAGAAACUGAGAUCAUUGCUACGCUGAAGAAGAGUGGAGAGGAAGUCUGCCUGGACCCCGAAGCUCCCUGGGUGAAGAGAGUCAUAAACAAAAUCCUUGAGAGCCGAAAACGCUGAACAAAGUAAAGAGCUGCAGCGAUUGCACAAACUUGAAAAAGUAUUUUGAAGAGAUAUUUAUAUAUAUUUAUAAAGCAGCUGAUGGAAUGCCAACAGUAUUAACUCAUGUUUUGUGACAUGUUAUUUAUUUAUGUUUUCUAACUUAUGUUGAAUAUAUUUAUUGUUGUACUUUUAUAAA